AUGUCUUCACUUCUCAAAACGUUUACUGCUAUUGCUCUCAUCUCAUUCAUUAGUGCUUCACCAGUUUUGAGGUAACUUGCACUGCUAAAGAACAUUUUCAAUUGCUUUGUCUUUCUAGGUCAAAACGUGGUUCUUAUGGGCCUCCAAGUAAUUAUGGCCCACCAGAAGGGCAAUUUGGAUCAGCUUAUGGGCAGCAGCAGAACUACGGACAAAAUUUUGGCGCCGGGAGCGGCGGAGGAUAUGGAAGACCGAGUGGCAGUUACGGACGCCCCGAAGGUGGAUACAAUAGGCCACAACAGUACGGACCAGGCGGAUAUCAACAAGGAGGAAAAUAUCCUGGAGGAGGUGGAUUUCAAGGAGGUCAGGGUGGAUUCUCACAAGGAGGAUCAAGUGGAUUUCAAGGUGGUCAGGGUGGAUUCUCACAAGGAGGAUCAAGUGGCUUCCAAGGUGGUCAGGGUGGAUUCUCACAAGGAGCAGCAGGUGGCUUCCAAGGACAAUCAGGAGGUGGAUUCCAAAGUGGACAGACCGGAUUCCAAGCAGCUCAGCCGGUUCCAUCAGUUCCAACUGCCGGAGGACAGCAACCAGCACUUCCAACAGAUCCUGACUACUCCACAGUUGGCCAAACAGCUCCAGUUGCUGCUCCAGGAGCUGGAGAUUCCGGACUUUUUGGCGGAGGAGCUGCUACUUCCGGAUUCGACGAUCCUGCUCUGGCAGCCGAUGCGAAACCAGCAGGAGCUACAAUCACAGACAGCGUCUCGGAAUCAUCUGCAGCCGGAAGAAAGUGA